CAGCACAGUUUCUCAUCCCAAGUCCUAGGCAAAGGCUUGGUUAUUUAUUACAGGGUUAUUUUAUUAGUAUUUUAAAAUGUGAUUUUAAGGUUUCUAAUACCUUUCUUACGUACAUUUCUGUUUUUUUUCUACUAACUUUCCACAAAAUAAGUUUCUUUUUUAGGAGAAGCAAACCCAUGACUUCACAAAAUCCCUCCCUGGAGCCACUGCAGCUGAGUGUGCAUCAAAUCUGAAGAAAAUCUACACGGUACAAACAGUACAGAGGGGAAGGGAAGGAGAGAGGAAGAGAAACAUCAAUGUAUGGUUGCCUUUCAUGCAUCCCCUGCUGGGAACUGGCCUGCAGGGAACCAGCCUGCAACCCCGAUAUUCUGGAGUGUGUACAAUAAUAUCCCUCCUGUGACUAGCCUGCCUUUGAGAUGUAGUUAUCAUUUAAUGAGAGGAGAGAGGCGACCACUUUGGGAAGAGGAGAGUAAUGCAAAGGGUGGCGUAUGGAAGAUGAAAGUUCCCAAGGACAGCACGUCUACAGUUUGGAAAGAGUUGUUGUUAGCGACUAUCGGGGAACAGUUCACAGACUGUGCUGCAGCAGAUGACGAAGUAAUAGGAGUCAGUGUCAGCGUUCGGGACCGAGACGACGUCGUCCAAGUCUGGAAUGUAAAUGCCUCGUUAGUGGGUGAAGCGACCGUUUUAGAAAAGAUUUAUGAACUUCUGCCCCACAUAUCUUUUAAAGCAGUAUUUUAUAAACCCCAUGAAGAGCAUCAUGCUUUUGAAGGUGGACGUGGAAAACACUAAUUGCACUCUGUAAAGAAUUCUUUGUCCUUUGCUGAUUGGUUUUGGAAACGGUCUUAACAGGAGGGAGAGUGAAGAGAAGACUUGCCGAAGUUCCAUGCUGGUCGAUUUAGGGUGUGUUUCUGUCCUUGCAGAUUGGGCAAUUAGGACUAAGUGGCAGGUGGGGUGGUGGGACACUGCGGGUUUCUACCGUCAUGUUGCUUGCCUUUUUUUUUUUUUUUUUUGCUUUCUAAUUUCUGUGUCCUUUUUACUCUAAUUUUCCCCUCUCAAAUUCUUUAUUUUGUGUAAUUAUUGUUUUGUACACUCUCCUUUCAUUGAGGCACAGAAGUCAGUUUUCUUUUAAGUAGCUGUACUGUACCUAGUUAAUCAGAAUAUGCAUAAUUGUGACAGGACUGCUUUUGAAAACCAUGCUGUACUUGCAGGAAUACCACCUGGCGAAACCUGUCUUGAUUAUUUGUCGUGACACACUCCUACAUACUAUGCACCGGGCAUUGCUUUUUCUGUCCUAGGGGAUAAAAAAAAAACAUAAUCAGAUUUUGCACUGACAGCAUACAUAUCUUUUAUUUUUCCUUUUUAAAACUUAUUUUUUUAGUUAUAAAAGAAAAAUAAUAGUUGGGUUGCCUAACAUGAAAACUAUAAUCAGAGUGGAGUAUCAGGAUACAAAUCAAACUCUAGGUUUGGAUUCUGUGAAUAUAUUUUUAACCAGAAUUUCAAUUUGGCUUUUUUAAAGGAAGGUUUAGAAUGAUAACAAGGGAUUUAUCCAAAUAAGAAACCUUAUACUUCUGAUUUAAAGGGAAGGGAAUACUUUAAUUAUUUGAAUUAAGCUGCUUCCAAAUUUUGGAUAUGUGUACCUACUUAGGGCUUUUCAAUUUUACACAUUUUGUUAAAUGACCCCCUUUCCCGUUCACAUUGUAUAUUAUAUCCAAUAAUCAGGAGCCCUCUGAAAUGGGCAGCCUUUUUCAUUUAGGGGCAGGAAGUUAAAUCUCAUUUCUAGGAUGAAUGUGGACAUCCACCAAGUUGAACUUGGAGUGCAUUCUGUUAACAUUAAUUUUUGGAAUUGUUAAUAAAAAUUGUAUUAUGUUACCAAAGAAAUACUGGUUUUAGAAUAAGGAACUGGCCACCCUUGGGAACACUCAGAUUUGCUCCUUGACCCUGCUGUUGUUCUUGCUUCUCCCACCUGGAAGAGAUGGGGUCCUUUGAAGACACCACCUCCUGUGGGUGUUUUUGAAGUCAGGUUUGCUCAUGCAUGCAUAUACAUUUUACAGAAGGGCCAAGUGCUCAGAACUACACUGAACCCAGAAUUUUUCAUUUCUCUCAUACAGGGAUAUCAAACUCAUUUUCACUGGGGGCCACAUCAGCCUCCCUGUUGCCUUCAAAGGGCUGAAAUAAUUUUAGGACUGUAUAAAUGUAACUACUCCUUAACUGUUAAGGAGUUGAAAUUAUAUUCACCCCUUUGAAGGCAACUGUGAGGCUGAUGUGGCCCCCGGUAAAAAUGAAUUUGAUACCCUUGUGUCUAGUAGUAUUGACCAGCAGAGAGAGACAGAGGUACUUCAAGCCUCCAGCCUGUGUUUGUAAAUAAAAUUCUUUAAACAUUUGAAAGGACUUUCAAAAUGUCUAUUUAUAAAAGUUGUGCCCUUUACUUCCAUUACUAACUGCAUUAACCAUAAUAACAAUGAUUAUAGUUUUUUUACAAAAAUGCUUUGUUUCUAAACUUUAGUUUCUUCAGUGAUUUUUAAAAUGAAGUAUAAGGAUAUCAGACCCAUUUUUUAAAACCCUGGAACUUGUUUCUUUAAACAUUGUACUAACACCCAAUUUGUUUUUUUUUUUAAAUUCAUGGAAGAGUUAAAAAUUAUUCUGUACUUGAAUUAAAAUUCUUAUUUAUAAUUUUCUGAUAGAUUAGAAAAGGCAUGUAAUUAUCUUCAUUAUAAUUGUCAUGUAUACUUCCAUAAGUAAAUGGAUUUUGAAGUAUUUUUAUUUUUGAACUUUAUUUAAAAGCAUUGUGAUGGCAUGUUCAACUUUUGCAUGUAUGUAGCUUUUGAAGUAAAAUAAAAUAAAUAGGAAUGUUAGGCUCACA